AAAAACUAUGACCAUAAAAGGAAGAGACUCCACAGUCAUUGUUGUUUGUCAAAGUCCAUCGUCAAAACGUAAUAAUUGGGGGCCUUGGCAUUGGUCGAUAAGGGUUCGGGGUGAGGAGCAACAUUGAUAUGGCGACUGAUUUAUGAGCUUAUGGUGCCUCGAAUAUUGGUACAUUUAAAAGUUAUCAAACGUAUGAUUGCAAUGCUGUAAGAGUUUGUUAUAUCAGCCGAGGCCAAUUAGUAUUGGGGUAUACGUUCUAAGUAUAU